AGACAAGGAUGAUUCUGAUGCUACCACCCCGGUCGCUACUGAGACUGCGACUGCCACUACGAUCGAUGCUCCUGUUGAGCCCACUACUACUAUCACGACCCCUCAACCAGCCAGCACAGCUGCUGUGACCGAUGAGGUUGUUGCUACUACUGCAGCCCCUGUGACUGACGAGGUCACCAUCACGACGGCAGCCGGGGAAGCUCCCAGUAGAGACAAGGAUGAUUCUGAUGCCACCAACCCGGUCGCUACCGAGACUGCGGCUGUCACUACUACGAUCGAUGCUCCUGUUGAGCCUACUACUCCCACGUCCCCUCUACCGGUCAGCACAGCUGCUGUGACCGAUGAGGUUGCUGUCACUACUGCGGCUCCUGUGACUGGCGAGGUGACUAUCACCACGGCAGCUGGGGAAGCUCCGGGAAGAGACAAGGAUGAUUCUGAUGCUACCACCCCGGUCGCUACUGAGACUGCGACUGCCACUACGAUCGAUGCUCCUGUUGAGCCUACUACUAUCACGACCCCUCAACCAGCCAGCACAGCUGCUGUGACCGAUGAGGUUGUUGCUACUACUGCAGCCCCUGUGACCGACGGGGUCACCAUCACGACGGCAGCCGGGGAAGCUCCCAGUAGAGACAAGGAUGAUUCUGAUGCCACCAACCCGGUCGCUACUGAGACUGCGGCUGUCACUACUACGAUCGACGCUCCUGUUGAGCCUACUACUCCCACGUCCCCUCUACCGGUCAGCACAGCUGCUGUGACCGAUGAGGUUGUUGCUACUACUGUGGAGACGACCGAUUCCGAGGCUACUCUCAGUCCGAUUGUGUAG